CACCACCACCAACCACACUACCACAGGGAAAGGGCGGGGAGCGCCACCAGCCCAAUCCCCACGCGGGCGGGUAGAUAACGGCCGCGGCACGGGAAUGAAGGGCGAGAGGUAGGGGAAGGAGCGGAGAGCACGGAGCGUCAGUCCAAGAAGCGCGGAGCAGGGAGGGGAGGCAUGGAGGAGGAAGGGGAGCAGGCCGUGCCGCCGGCCGCGGUGGUGGGCGGGGCGGAGGCGGAGGCGGGGGAGCGGCAGGACUUCGGGCUGCCCGCGGAGCUGGUGGCGGUGCUGCCGUCGGACCCGUUCGCGCAGCUGGACGUGGCGCGCAAGAUCACCUCCAUCGCGCUGUCGUCCCGCCUCGGCCGCCUCGAGGCCGAGGCGGCGCGCCUGCGCGCGCAGCUCGCCGAGCGCGACGCCGAGGCCGAGGACCUCCGCGAGCGCGUCGAGCAGCUCGACGCCGCGCUCGCCGUCGCCACCGGCCGCCUCCGCCGCGUCGAGGAGGAGAAGGAGACGCUGGUGAGCGAGAACUCUUCACUGUCCAACACUGUCAGGAAGCUCAACAGAGACGUCGCCAAGUUGGAAGUUUUCAAGAAGACACUUGUGCAGUCGCUCCAGGAAGAUGACGCCAUUGAUGUAAGUCGUUUCACAUACAUUCAAACUACUGCUCCCAGGGAAAGAGUUGCCGCAAGUCCAAAUUUCUCAUCUGCUCCAUCAGAUGAAGAUUCUGCACUCCAAACUUCCAAAUCGUCACAGUUAUCAGAAACUGCAAGUUCAGUUUCAGAGGGAAGUAGUCAAGUUGACCCAGAUGCACCUAGGCCACCACGUCAACAUGUUUUUUUACCGUCACACAACAGCACACCAAGGAUGACUCCCAAAGGCUCACCCCCAAGGGGUGGUUAUGCAUCCGUAUCACCACCAAGGCGACAUUCGAUCUCCAUUACAUCAAUGAAUAUGUUUAAUGACAAGUCCUCAGGCAAUUCUGGUCAUUACAGCUCUCCUUUUGAUGCGGCAAGUCAAACAGGACGAACAAGAGUUGAUGGCAAAGAAUUCUUUCGUCAGGUCAGAAACCGCUUGUCUUAUGAGCAAUUUGGUGCAUUCUUGGCUAAUGUGAAGGAACUGAAUUCAUACAGGCAGACCAGAGAGGAUACAUUAAGAAAGGCGGAUGAAAUCUUUGGUCCAGAAAACAAGGACCUGUACACCAUCUUUGAGAGUCUAAUUACUCGUAACGUUCAGUAGACUCCUCAAGUCUGAAACAAUUCCUAUGGCUACUAGUGAUCCAUGUUUUACUGGUAUAUUGUGAUUACGAUGUUGGUCAAUUUUUGCAUUUGUUGUCUGUAGUCUGUUGAAGAUUCUUGGUAUAUAGUUCUCUCUUUUUUUUCUUUUUUCUUUUUGCUUACGCCCAUAUAGUCAUGGGUUGUCUGCUGUAAGCUACAAUUUAUAUACUUCAAAUCUUCAAUACAAAUGGAGUAUUGGAAUAAGAGGAAAUAUGUAAUAGGUCUGAUUUCUGGAGCA